CGUUACUCGUUCUAUAAUUGGCAGCUUUUUCGUAGUUCAGGUUUUUAGGGUUUAAACCGCGCGAGAGAGAGAGAGUCGCUGAUUCCAAUGGAUGGUGGUCCUCCGAGAGCGUUAACGGCAGAGGCUGUACCGGCAUUCAGAGAGGGUAUUUAUCUAGUCCUCUCUAGGUGGUCGGCGCUCCGAUUGGCUGUCGAGAACGAGUGGGGCGGUCGUGACUCGAACCGCAAGGCCGAUCAACUCGCCCUCGACAUCAUCUCUUGGUUCACUCAAGCCAGAGAGCCGCUUUACAUAGAUGAUUUAGAAAAUAUUCUUGAUGAAGCUAUGCUGUCCCUUAAUACCGAGGCUGAAGAUGGCAGCAUUGAGGAGAUAGCGUAUAAACUGAUGACCAUGCACGAAGAAUGUUUGGAAGGAAAUCUUCAGUCUAUCGAACGGCUGAGGGAAGCUAGUAAUCAGGAUGUUUCCGAUCGUCAUGUCAUGCAGGUUGUGAACGACGACGACGAUAAUGACAGUGUUGUUGGAGAUGAUGCUAAUGGGAAUGAUGAUUUAUCAAAUAUGAUCCUGGAUGCACCAGACUCCCAGUCAAAUUCGAAUCCCGUAGGCAUUCCUGUUGACCAAUCUAGACCCAAGGUGGCAACUGAAGGAGGAGAAGAUGGUUGGGUCCAAGUUUCAAGCAGAAGAAAUAGGGGAAAAAGAAAUUAGGUUGAAACAAUGAAUUAGCCGCAGCUCCCUUUCUGUGUAUCUUAUUUGCUUUUCCCCCCCACAUAUAGCACGAGUAUGCAUCAUUAUCGAUCGUGAGAUAAUUAUCCUCAAAAUUUUGGUUUGCCAUUUUUUUAUUAUUAUUAAGUUCUGUCCACA